CCCAAGCUCUCAGCUCCAACAACUCACCAUUACAGUAUCGUGCUAGGCUUCUUCGACAUCCGAUUGCUCGUCCAGUUCUCCUGAGCUCCCUUCUCAGCUCUCUCUAGAACACAACGCGAACCCUUGCUUUCAAAAGAUGGCGACUCCUUCCGUAGCGCCGUUGAGCUCGAAGGUCAUCCGCAGCCGCGUCGACGACGUGGAGAUCCGCGCGCUGGAGGGCAAGCUCGAGCUGCUCAACAUCCAGCGCCAGCUCAGCGCCGUGCGCUGCGAGAACUUCAUCCACAUGCUGCAGUCGUCGCUGCAGCACGCCGGCGACGAUGACGACGACCUCGCUCUCGACCUCGGCGACUUGCCCGUCCGCCGCUCAACCAUCCCAUCGCGCCGCUCCUUCGAGGUUUCGGCUCGCCACUCGCACCUGUCGGAGGACUUCGCGUACCUCGACGGCGCAUCCGAUCUCUCCCGCUCGCGCUCUAACCCCUCCGCGUCGACCCCCCUCACGCGCUCGCUGGGCUCCCGCUCGGCGCGCUCCAGCACGUCUUCCCCCGGCGGGCUCACCACGCGCUCGCUGCGGCGCCACGCCAGUCUCAACGCGCGCCGCAACAACAUCUUCCGAUGAGGGCUGCCGCUCCACCACGCGCCUUCCAGAUCUCUCACAUCGCGACGACGCAUCCGCCUCAACCCUCAGCCCUCAGCCUUUGGCCCUGAGCCCUCAGCCCUGAGCCCUGAGCCCUGAGCCCUGAGCCCUGAGCCUUUGGCCCUGAGCCCGCCUGCGUGGUCGCGCGGUCCCGUCCACCACGCGCCUGAACCCCCCCCGAGCCCAAUGACGGCAAAAUCUGGCGCUCCUAGCGCUCUUCUCGCGGCUCGACCUCGCGACUUCGUCUCCACAGCACGGACAGUGGCAGGUCGACGACAGGCCUCACUCGCCGAGCCAAGACGAGCAGAUAACAAACGCCGCUCGCGGCGGAGGCUCGCCGUGAAUCACGCCAGCGGCGACGACUGGUCGCCCUGUAUGAGCCCCUCGAGAUAACCGUUUUAUGCGGAGAUAAGUGAUUAGUCUGCGGCCGCAGACCAAAUGCGUUGCUGCGCAUGUGCAAUCUUGUAAAUGCCUUCAAAUGAAUU